CUUGGUCAAUAUUUAUUAUUCUAAAAAAGAAGCAUGGAUGUUUUUCAAGAAAAAAACAAAAAGGAAAUCUAGUCGAAACGGCAACGGAUCAAAAUCAAAUUUUGGACACCCUUCUUUUCAAAAAAUAAAAAAUUAAAUAAUUAAAUAAUUGGACUUAAACAGCCGAUAAAAGUAAUAAUGGAACAUUUGAGGGGCACAUCUGCAAUCAAAAUACAUUGCUCUCCCGCUCGUUCUCUCUUUUUCGAAUUCGCUCUACUCUACCAGUUCUAGGGUUUGGUCAGAACUCGAUUCAGGAAACCUAGAAUGAGAAAAUGGUGACCGGUGAACUGGCCUCCGAUCUUGUUGAUCCGCUUCAGGAAUACUCAGGUUUUGCUCUCUUCUCCCAUAACUUUGAUUUUUUGCCAGAAUCUUCCGAGCCAUACGACUUCGACCGCGAACUUCAAGUCAUCCACAACAACCUCAAUUCCGCGGCAUUACGGAGUCCCCAUAAGUUAAGAGACCAGGCAAAGGUCAUUGUUGAUGGUAAUUCCAAAUCUUUGAACUCUAAAGUUGCGAUGGACAGUAAUAACAUCGUUCCUGGCAUGGCUGAGGGUAAUCCCCGAGAAAGAAGGCCAGCUUUGGGUCGUAAACGAGCCCGGUUUUCGUUGAAGCCCAAUUCCAGUCAGCCUGCUAAGAGUCUUGAGCAACCAAAGUUGGACUUAAAGAACCUGAAAGACCCAGAAGAGUUUUUCAUGGCUUAUGAAAGACAUGAAAAUGCCAAAAAAGAAAUACGUAAGCAGAUGGGGAGCACUCAGUCAGACUCAGAUGAGGAGAAUCCAUCUAAGAUUGGGCGAUCACGUCGACCAGGGAUGCUCAGGAGAUCAGUUAAAUACAAGCAUCUUUAUUCAUCGGAGAUUUCUGAGACCAAUAAGAAUGUUAUGCCCUCACAAGUGACUGUUGAUUCUAGUGUUUGCAGUCCAAAUCAUCACAUCUCUGAACCAGAAAGUGCUAAUAAUUUUAUGUCUGAGGAAACAGAAUUAACGGGUUCAAAACAAAAUGAAGAAGGCAAUGAUAGGAUUUUGGAUCAACUACUAUAUUGCAAUAGUGAAGAACUUGAUGGAAAUCGUACAAUAAACUUCUUACAAGAGCACUUACAAAUAAAACCAAUUGAGCUAGGGAAGUUACGCCUUCCAGAUUUCCAAGAUAUCCCAAAAGUGGAUUUGAAGUCUUCUAGAGGUGGAAAGUUGCCAAAGCGUAGUCAUGUCUUAUCAAACAUAGAUAAUAUGUUAAAAGGGCUAAGUAGCAAAAGACCUAUGCAGCUCAGGCAGGGGGCUGAAAGUCCUCUUCAUCAUGUUGCUUCUCCCACCCCAUCAAAGAGUCCACUUGCAUCAUUGUCAGUGCUAAAACAGAGACUCUCACAUCCAAAUUCACUAAAGGAUCCAUUUUCAUCUCAUGACAUUGAUGAUUCUCCAUCUCCAAAUCCUCCAACUAUUGAACGUAACAAGAAUACAGCACAGUCUGGUAUGAAGUCACCUUUAUUUGAAAGAGACGAGAAUCUUGAAGAUUCUAAUCCUGGAUCACCAGAAGCUUCUAUCAGAGUUUUUAACAGUACAACACCUGAUAAAUUCAGAAAUGAUGAUAGAAGUGAACUAGAUGGGGUAAUUGAUGUGGGCUUGAGUGCAUCUCAAGUUCCCGUGGAUGAUAACAUACUGGAUAGUUUUAUAAACGAAGAUGGGGAUGCCCAGGCAAGUGGAGCUAAUGUCGAUGAGAAUAUGCAGGCAGUGACACAGUGUGGAAUGAAGUCACGUUUGUUUGAAGGAAAUGAGAAUGUUGAAGAUUCUAACAUUGGAUCACCAAACGCUGCUAGAAGUAAAUUAGAUGGGGUAACUGAUGUGGGCUCCAGUGCAUCUCAAGUUACUAUGAAUGAUAACAUAACGGACUGUUAUCUGGAUAACAGUGCUAUGAAUGGAAACUUAUGCGGGCUUGAUGCUGAUAGGGAUGCCCAAGCAAGUGGAGCUGAUGUUGGUGACGAGGUCGAAGACUUACAGCAGGAAACUGUAGUUUCCACAAAUUCCGGUCUUCACCUUGGGGAAUCAACUCCGGAUAAUUUGAACGCGAUUCAGAGUCAUUUAGAUGAACAAAGACCAGCUUCAGCUGACGGCAGAUCAACAGAUAUGCACUCCGGAGUUCCUGAUAAUGGUUCAGAACAGCAUACUGAGAUGGUUGAAGAAACUUCCAGGAUUCCAUUGGCUAAGAAACGCAAGGAAAAGUCAGAUUUACAGAACGUGAAAAAGAGAAGAGAGAUUUCUGUAACUGGGAGGAAAAGCCUUGCAGGGGCUGGUACAAAGUGGGAAUCUGGGUUAAGGCGAAGCACCAGAAUCAGGUGCAGACCUUUGGAGUUCUGGAAAGGGGAGAGAUUAUUAUAUGGACGUGUACAUAAGAGUCUUCCAACUGUUAUUGGGUUGAAGUAUUCUUCCCCAGAUAAGGGCAACGGAAAGCUCGCUCUUAAGGUUAGGUCUUAUGUCUCUGAUGAAUACAAAGAGCUUCUUGAGCUGGCUGCUCUGCAUUAGGAUUUAUGAGUUGCAUUAUUAGAGGAGAUGAGUACCAAAUCUAUUGAACAGUUUCAUGUUUUAUAACUAAUCCUCAUCAAGUGGAAUUUAGUCUCAAUUCCAAACUUGUUUUUACUAAGAACCAUGAUGUUAAUUUUACUCAUGCUUUUCCUUAAUGUAAAGUGUACUGUACUACUGUGUCAAAUGGGAAAAGAUAAAUUCUUUCUUUUACAA